AUUUUUAUUUUCAAUCCGUGCGCUCCCCGCAUCAACACCGCGAGCGAAAAGUUUUUCCUUGGCAUUGGCAGUGCAAAGAUAAGUGUUGGUGAAAAUUGAACAUUUUCCGAGUGCAGGUUGCGGUUUCCGUCGUUUGCUCCGGUUGGAAAACCCCCGGAAAACGGUCGCGUUCGGUCGUCGGCUCUAGGUGGGUGGUUUAAUGUUUGUUGUGGUCGCUGCGCCGGAGGAAUUGGUUCGAGCAGCAACCGCCCCCGAAAACUAGGGGCAUGAGCGAAGAAAAUGGAAAAUCCACGGCGGCGAGUGCAUCGUCUUCGUCGGAUUGCGCUGCUACCGCAGCAGCAGGAAAGAAAAGAAAAUACAAAGUUAUCAUAAUCGGUGCUGGGAUGGCUGGAUUAUCCUCGGCGAAUCAUUUGAUCAAGAACGGAUGCUCGGAUUUUGCGAUAUUGGAAGCGCGGAACCGAGUCGGUGGAAGGAUCAUCGGGAUCGAGAUGGGCUCACAGAAGGUUGAGCUUGGUGCGAAUUGGAUCCACGGUGUGUUGGGCAAUCCCAUGUUUGAAUUGGCGAUGCAGCAUGGCCUCAUCAGUAUCAUCAAUAUUCCGAAACCGCACAAAGUGGUAGCGGCCACCGAGGACGGCAAACAAGUGCCUUUCCAGGUGCUACAGGAAAUCUACGAAGCGUACGUUUGUUUUCUGCGGCGGUGUGAAGAGUAUUUCCUUUGUCAGUAUCUUCCACCGCCGGAUAUUCAUAGCGUUGGAGAGCACAUCAAUCUGGAAGCGGAGCUGUAUUUGAACAAUAUUGACGAUUACAAAGAAAAGCACCUGAGGAAGCUGAUAUUUGAAUGUCUGCUAAAAAGGGAAACUUGCAUCACCGGGUGCCACACUAUGGAUGAAAUCGACCUAUUAGAGUUAGGAAGUUACACCGAACUACAAGGAGGAAACAUUGUGCUGCCCUCUGGAUAUAGUUCCAUUCUGAAGCCAUUAUGUGAUACACUCCCAAAGGAAAAUAUUAUCCUCUCGUGUCCGGUCAAAACCAUACACUGGAAACGAAAAGGCCGGGUUCCUUCUGGCAAUAAUAACUCGGACGCUAUCCUUGAGGAGGAUGAAGACGACAUCGAUUCGGAUGAUUCUGACAAGACGGUAACCGAAGUGCCGAUCGGUGACAAUCCUAGCACUAGUGAUAAUAGCUUAAAGCAUUGCACGUCGAACGUUCAGAUCGAGUGCGAAAACGGUACUAUAUUCGAAGCGGAUCACGUAAUCUGUUCGAUCCCGCUUGGAGUGCUUAAGAAGCAUGGUCAAACGAUGUUCGCGCCUAGCUUACCACAGUACAAACUGGAAUCGAUCGAUUCUCUACUGUACGGAACUGUAGAUAAAAUCUUCCUAGAAUAUGAUAGGCCUUUCCUCAAUGCCAAGGUCAGCGAGAUUAUGUUCCUGUGGGAACACGUCGAUUCGGACCCCAACGCCGACGAGGAAGAAUACCUGAAAGCGAACUGGUACAAAAAAAUCUACUCAUUUUCCAAAGUGUCCGACACCCUACUGCUGGGGUGGAUUUCCGGCCGAGAAGCGGAAUACAUGGAAAAUAUUUCCCACGAAGUGGUUGCCGAAAAGUGUACGGAAAUCCUUCGGAGGUUCCUCAAGGACCCAUUCAUUCCAAAGCCAAAGCGAUGUGUGUGCACCAGCUGGAGCAAGCAGCCGUACAGUUGCGGCUCGUACACGGCCAUUGCAGUCGGUGCUUCGCAGGACGAUAUCGACAAUAUCGCACAGCCCCUCUACUCUAGUCCCCAUCAGUCCAAGCCAUCGGUGCUAUUUGCUGGAGAGCACACCCACUCUAACUUCUACUCAACGGUACACGGUGCUUACCUUAGCGGUCGAACAGCCGCCCAGAUCCUCCUUACGCCUGACUCGCCGCAGGAAAUUGUGAUGGAAUCGGAUACCAGUGAUCUUAGCUCCUGGAUCCAGGGCAUCGCCCUGGAAUAGUAAGAAGUGCUAGAACCAGUAAGUUCCCCCUUAUAAUUUAUUAUAAUUUUAGCAUUUGCGGUUUGCCGCAACAUUUCCUUCCUUUUGUGCGAUCAGUUAUGUUGGUAAUUUGUUUUGUAUCAUUCUGUUUCAUGUUUGUCUAUUAGUGUUGUUGCGUUACACCAUCCUAAUUUAAGUAUUUUACACCAAUUUCGCUAUUUCGUUUUCAAGUCCAACACAUGUUACAUUAUGUUUCCUUAUUUUAGGCAAACAAAUUUACCAGACUGAUGUUUUUAGGUUUAUUUGAUAGUUGCUGUCAAGCAACUUACUACACUGCAAAUAUGUCAAGUAAGGAUAAUUAGUAACGCACAUUUCAUGCAAAUUGUUUGAAUUCCUAAGACAAAACCUCUAUGAAACGAGAUACUUUGCCGUACUGUAACAUUACGCAUUUGGAUUGUGCUCUCUUAUCAACAAACUAUAUUUUCCUGUAGAUUUCCCUAUGUUCAAUCUAGUCCACUCGCAUAACCUGUACCUAAAUCUACGAAAAAUCCCCCUACCUAAAUACACCUUGACUGAGUUAUCUAGUUUUACAUGUCUAUGUUGUUGAACGCAGAAAACAGUUAAUAUGCAUUUGUAUAGCGAUACCAAAUAGUAGAAGCUUCUAAUAUCGGUCAUACACCCGAUGCAGUCAGAUGGUUGCUACAAAUCCGUUGAACCUUAGGAUAAGCGUGAUGCUUUCAGUAUGUACCAAUAAAAUAUCCCCACGCCCCACAUAUACACAAAAUGUAAAAUUACACGACACUACAAACGCAUUCACAGCUGGCAUUAUAUCGCUCCGUACAAACCCAUCAGAUAUCGGAAGUUGAAACAGAAUCGGAAUCGUUUCGUUACGAAAGAACAAGCAAUGAAUCGGGCGGUUUUUCUACACAGUUCUUAGUAUUGUUUUUUGACAGUAGAGUUAUGGGGAAAUUUCAGGGCGGGCCAACCUAUAGUAUUGUUAGCAAAUUGGAAAGGAAAAUUGACAAACGCUUUAGGAAAGAUUCGAGUGCAGAGUUGGUCCAAUGGCGGAGAAAAUGAGUCCUAAUCAAGCGACAAAAGUAUUUUGCUAAAAGUAAUAAAUUGAAACAUUACUCGUAAAAUCAAAAGUUUAAUCUAUAA